UGAUGAGCGAUGACCAAUGAGAACCGAACAAUCGCCCACUGAGCUCUCUGUCACUCCUUUUCUCUUGGCUUUUCCCUCUCUUUGCUUUUCCUUCCUACCAAACGCUGAAAAACCAUUCAAUUCCUCACUCUUGUUCGAUCUUGGACCAAUCGAAUCUCAUUCUUGUAUAGCUGAAUCGGUGUUUAUAUUCAUUGUAAACUUUCGCAUGAGCUUUUAUGUGAUUAUACAAAUGUGAAUUUGAGCGUCAUUUGUGGGACUGAAUCGGAGUUUGGCUGCCCAAGUUUCGAUGAAUAUGAGCCGGCCGGCGGUGCACCCGGUGGAGGCUCCUCCGAUGACCGAUGGAGCCAAUAAUCCUCUGAGAGUGAGGAUGAAGAACGUCCAAGGCAUGCCUGGUACGCCAGGUGGCCUUGCUUUACGUCUCUGCCAGUUCGCUUUCGCUGUCGUUUCCCUCUGCAUCAUGGCCUCCACCAGCGAUUUUCCUUCCGUCACCGCUUUCUGUUUGGCUGCCCAAGUUUCGAUGAAUAUGAGCCGGCCGGCGGUGCACCCGGUGGAGGCUCCUCCGAUGACCGAUGGAGCCAAUAAUCCUCUGAGAGUGAGGAUGAAGAACGUCCAAGGCAUGCCUGGUACGCCAGGUGGCCUUGCUUUACGUCUCUGCCAGUUCGCUUUCGCUGUCGUUUCCCUCUGCAUCAUGGCCUCCACCAGCGAUUUUCCUUCCGUCACCGCUUUCUGGUAUUACGUCCUUACCUUAAUCGCAAUGCACAUAUCAAUAAUAUUCUUACAUAUGUAUAGAGACAAGCACUUUUGUGUUUGUGUUGCACCAGUUAAUCAAGCUUUUGAGAGAUGGAACUCUGUAAUUUCUUAUUUGAGUGCAAGGACAAUAAGAACAGAGAAAAUGAAGGAAAAUUAA